UUUAUCAAAUAAAUGCAGGCUUGAUGCGCAUAAGGGACUUAUUUAGCCUAAAAUAAAUGUGCAUGCAAAUUUGACCAAAUGGAAUAAUAUACAUUAAUGGACUUAUUUAUUUAUGCAUUCAUUCGUUUAUUUAGGCCUAUUUAUUCAUUCAUUUGUUUAUUUAGGCCUAUUCAUUCAUUUAAUCGUUUAUUCAUCAUUCAUUAAUUAAUUCAGCCAUCCAUCUGUCGGCAGGACUGUGCAACUCGCUGGGGCUCCAAACUGGCAAUGGUGGAGCGCAUCCUCAAGCAGGCCCAAGCGAUCAGACACGUCCUGUCUGAUGACAGAAGGAGCAGCCUGUCCCUGACCUGGCAGGACAUGGACGUCUUGAAAGCUGUUCACGAAGCACUGAAACCAGUCGGUGACUUCACUGAUAUUUUGUCAGGAGAAAAUUAUGUGACCAGUUCCUGUAUCCUCCCCAUACUACAGCUCUGCAGGGACAAUGUGAUGGCUGCGUCAGAAAAUGACCUCCAGCUAACAAAGUCAAUCAAAACUGGAAUUCUAACAAAGCUGGAGGCCAAGUAUGAAUCCAAUUUAGUGCGCAAAAUAUUGCGAAAAUGCACUUUCCUCAACCCUCGUUACCGUGGAGGAUAUGAGACGGAUGACAACACAUUGGCUGAGACCAAGGCUGAAUUACAGGCUGAGAUCGUGAGCUUAGAGGCAGCAGGUCCAGUGGCCAUCAGAGUGGAAGAGGGAGAGGCGCAACCUGCACCCUCACGAAAAAAGAUGACUCUGGGAAGUAUGCUGCAAAAAAAAUCUGAUGCAAUGGCAGGUCCCGUCAGCAUCGGCACCGACCGAGUCGGAGCUGAAAUAACAGCCUACUGUUUGGAGCCAGUUACUCAAGGAGACGAGGACCCACUUCUCUGGUGGAAAAAUGCUGCCGGGCGUUUUCCCCAGAUGUCGCGAGUGGCACGAAAGUACCUGUGCGUCUGUGCCGCAAGCACACCAUCGGAGCGGGUUUUCAGCACCGCAGGUAAAGUUGUCGGUCCACAACGUGCCCUGUUAAAGCCGGACAAAGUAAACAUGCUGGUUUUUCUAGCGAAAAAUCUUGACUAGAUUGAUGC